AAAAAAAAAAAAAAAAAAAAAUCGUUUCGGAGCGCACUAGUGAGCGGUUCGGCGAACCGCCCUUUCCCACGCGAAGGUCGCCCCAGAAGUUACCAGCCUCCUGGUCUCUCCCUUUAUUCCCCGUUUCUUGAAUCGCCUGAAACUUUGAAUGUCUAUUUUCAGACGCCCUGAACAAUUUGAAAGACGUCCGGAGAGUUAUUAAACGCCGUAUUGCCUGUGCACGAACUUCCGAUUAACCAGCGCUUUCUUGUCUCUCGACUUUGUAUAGCCGCUUAUAUCUUGCGAAUACCUCUCAGAAAGUUUACAGUGUACACCGGAGAUUCAGGGUCUACAUUUUACAUACUUUAUUUUUUACUACUGUAUCAGAGUGCUACUACUCAUGCCUCGACGAUCGUCUCGGGCCGUUCCCGCGUCAGCGGCAGCUCCAGCGCCGGCACCAAAAAGGCGCGCGCCUGACACAUUCUCCGCCGAAAAGACGGAGUCCAAAAGGCCAAAAUACAUUUCCAAUUCGACUACCGCCGACACAAACUCGGUCAAAACCACCGCCAAAAAGAGCAAAUACUUCAAACAAGAGUCUUCCGAAAACGAGGCUUCCGAAUCUAAGCACGGAUCUGAGCGGGAGGGCUUUGUGUAUGAAUCCGCCCACAAAGAUGGUCAGGAUGCUUCGGAGAUGCCGGAGUUGAAACCAUCCGAUGCUGCUUCCACGGAUUAUGGAGUGGAGGAGGAUCAGCCGGGUAAGCUAGGUAAACAAGGCGAGCAAAAGGCUCAAGGCCGCGACUCGAGUACCAAGAACGACGAGAAUGAGCGCAGCGAAGUCGAAGAUGAUGCGGUGGCAUCAUUGACGAACAAGGAGUUGUGGAGGGAAGGCGUCAAGACAGGGCUGGGUCCUGGCAAAGAGGUUUUCAUCAAGAAACCUAAGGCCAGAGAUGCGGGAGAUGUGCCGUAUCAGGAUCACACCGUGCAUCCUAAUACAAUGCUCUUCUUGGAAGACCUUGAAAAGAACAACGAAAGAGCGUGGCUCAAAGCACAUGAUCCCGACUUCCGGGCUGCGAAGAAGGAUUGGGAAUCCUUUGUCGAAAGUCUCACUGAGAAACUAAUUGAGCAGGAUAGCACAAUCCCUGAACUACCUGCUAAGGACUUGAUUUUCCGCAUACACAGAGAUGUCCGGUUCAGCAAGAAUCCUACUCCGUAUAAGACGCAUUUUUCAGCUGCCUGGUCCCGUACGGGUAAGAAAGGUCCUUACGCUGCCUACUAUGUUCAUAUGCAGCCCGGUUCCUGUUUUGUCGGCUCCGGACUUUGGAAUCCCGAGGCGAAUGCCCUCGCAGUCCUUCGUGAGGACAUCGACCAAAACUCGUUCCGUUUGAAGGCUGUGCUGAGAGAGCCCGGAAUGCGGCGCGAAAUCCUCAACGGAAUACCCGACGAUGAAAAGGAAGCCGUGAAAGCAUUUGUCGAUCACAACAAGGAGAGCGCCCUUAAGGUCAAGCCCAAGGGCUACGAUGUUGAUAAUGAGAAUAUUCAGCUGCUCCGUUUGCGCAGCUUCACUAUCGGAAGACCUCUUUCCGACUCAGAAUUCAUGAAUGUCAAUGUGCAGGAUAGAAUCGCGGCUCUCAUUGGCAUCAUGGAACCCUUUGUGACGUAUCUCAAUAGCGUCGUCAUGCCCGAUCCGGUAGGCGAGGAGCCCAGCUCUGAGUCGGAAGAAGGAGAAGAGUCCUCAAACGAAAACGAAAGCAGUUGAGCUUUCAUUUGGCGCUUAAUUACUACGAGUAGAUCGUUUAUGAGAUAGAGUUGAGUUUUUUUUUUUUUUUUUUAUAUAUUUUAUUUUAUUUUUUGCCUUUGGUUUUUGUCUUGCGGGUAUCUUGGCCGAGAGAAUUUGGUGCACUUGCCUGUCCCAAUACAGUGCCCCCUUUCCCGUACACUCGUUCUGUGUGCUUUUGUUUUGGUACUGAGAUUUUUAUACUCUAGGCAUAAUUUGUCUGUAUGAAACUCGUGUAAGAUAAUCCGUUUCCCAUUUUGGCGUUAGACAUCGAUGCCAUUGACCCUCGUCGAUGGUUCCUCAUUCCCAAAACCUCCCCUCUUUCUUACCGCCAGUUGCGAUCCAAUGAAGUGAGCAAUUCGGAAGUCAACAACUCAUCGAGUGGACAAGGACAAGGCUCCUUGUGAGACCUAACUAACCAAGCCCAAGCCUCCACCGUCCGG